AGCUAACAAAAUGUCGCUGAGCAGUCAACAGCCUGCAGAAAACCAACCAUUCGACUUCAAAUCAUCACAACUUUACUGGAACUCCACAGCUGCACUCAUGGAGUCUCAAUUCAAAAACAUGAAAAACGAGGAUUUUGUGUACCCAGCAAAGAAAAAAGUAGGAAUGGACGAUGGAGCUAUUAUUCGUGGCGAGGAACAUCUCCGAAGACAACAGGAAAGUGCAAAAUACAACAAUCUACUCACUCGAGACCCGUACCUGGACUAUAUUUUAUCUACAAUGACCGAUGAAGAUUUCACCUACGAAACCAAGAAACCCGUGGAUCCAAACUAUGGUCGUGUUGUACGAGCGUUUGAAUUGAUGGAGAUCGCAGGGGGGUCAAGCGACAAACCAACAGCUGAAACCAAAAAAGAGACUUCAGAACCAACUCAAAACGAUAAUGUGAUCCCUUCUGAAAACAAUGAAACUGCGCCUGAAAAAGUGAGAACUCAAGAAAAUCAAAAGAAUUCAAACCAAGGAUAUCGUGGCGGGCGUGGUAACGGAAAUGGAUAUAAACAAAACAACUACAAAGGACGCAACAAAAACGAGACCGCUCCAUUCAGCCCGGGUCACAGAGCUAAUAUAAAUGAGAACGGCUCAAGACGAUCCAGCUACAAUAGCCCACGCCACCAGAAAUACUCGGACGUGGUACAACUGCCUCAGGACCUUCAACCAGCCACUCAUUUCUAUGAAAACCAGUGCUUCACUCCUCAAAAUGGAAAUUUCAUAGACUACACCAACAAUGGCACCACGUAUCAGCCAAGUAACGAUGACGCAGCAAUUUUCAACUCUGGAAAUGUGAACAAUGCAACUUUUUCUGAAAAUGGGCAAAACUUUGGGGGCUUCCGUGGUCGCGGAAACAGAAACGGAGGGUACAAUGGAAAUCGUGGCGGUCGGCGUCGUAGCAACAACAACUGGAACAACAGUAAUCGCGGCAACAAUGGAUUCUGGACCGGAGAGUACAAGAAUAAUCAAACAUCCUGGAAGACAGAUCAAUAAUCAAUAAUCUGAGUGAUUGACAUUGUUGAUUCUGUAAAUUCGUCUUGCGAGUUGUUUUCCAAACCGUGUUUCUGCUUCAUUUUGUCAUUUUUAACACUUUUUUUUUCAUCUAAAAGUAUGCUUGAUUUUUAUUCAGUAAUCACUAGCCAAAGCUAAUUCUUCAAAUACUCAUCAAGUAUUUAUCAUUCGAUCUCCUCGCGCUCUUAUGUACUUGACCAAUUUUUAUAUAAAGUUUUUGUUCAAUAAACAUACAGGAAGUAAACAAUAAUUCAACAAAA